AUGGGAGUGAUUGAGACUGGACAGAAUGCCACUUGCAUGGUAACCUUAAUUUUAAUAUGUCUGGGAUAUCUCUACCCUUGCACAUACCUUUUCAGUAAGCCUAUUUAUCACUCCACGCAGGGAUGUGCAUUAAACAAUUUAACGGAGAACCAUAAGCGAUGGUGUGCCUACGGAAUUGCUCUAAAUCAUGUUCUUAUCACCGCAAUACGUCCUGUUCUGGAUAAAGAAAUUCUGAAGGAGUACAAUGACCUCGUAUCAAGUUGUGGUAUUGACGUUCAGACAAAGCACAAUUUUCCUACUUCAAAAUAUCCCACUUCAAUGAACUAUAAGAACAUCAAUGGGAAUGAUAAGAAACCAUUUGACUACAAAGUUACCUCCCAUAUUGAUUUUAGUAAGCUCUUCCUCAAGGAUUUCAUGGCGAAACUUAGCGCAUUUGACGAGACCUGUGAUGCAUCUGCUGUGCUUACUCUGCUUGAAAGAAUUCCAAUCUUUCCUGCUGAUGUUCAAAAUGCGGCAAAAGAUGUUAGAGUUGAUCGAAACGCUUGGGGACAUUGCAAUUUUACUGAGUGGAAUGAUUCAAAGUUUAGAAAAAGAUUUGACUGCAUGGAAAAACUAGUGGGGGAAGUGGAUCCUGCAGAUAAAUCUAAAGUUGUAGCAGACCUUAAUGACUGGAAAGAAAGAGGUGUUAUAUUGUGUAUGAAUGCAACGAUUGAUCCUGAAUUAGCAAAAAUGAUACUAGAACGUGUUAGUAAACUGUCGAGUGACGUGGAGGAAAUGGCGGUAGAAAGCAAAGAAGAAAUUGAUAACUUGAGGAAGUUGGACAAUGCGAUAAAAAACAUUGAGAAACGGUUUGAAAAGAUGGAGCAAAAAUUUGAAGAGCUUCAAUUAAAAACGGCAGAGAAGCGACAAAACUACGAUGGAUCCGGUGAAAACACGACCGUGGCAUUCAUUCCGACAAGACUUCGCAAAGACUUGAGAGAGUUGUUAGAUAUAGAAAUUGUCGGGAUCGAAAAUUAUCAGAUGUUAGCAGAUCGUCUGGGUUAUGGAAUGCAGUUCAUACGAUGGUUGGGAUCACUGAAAAUACAAAGUCCAACAGAUACGCUUCUCGCGCAAUGGGAGAAUGAUCAGGGAAGCAGAAGUCCGAGAGAUGCAUUACGUCAUCUUCAAGAAACACUUUCCAAAAUGAAAAGACAGGACGCUGUUGACAAAAUACAGGAAUACUUUGAUGAACUUCUUAUCGGAAAGGAAACGAUAGUGUAA